CGAUAUUUGAACCACCGCCGCACAGUCUGUAGCCAUGGCCAGCAAGCAGCUCAGAGAGUAUACCAGGGAUGAAGUCGCCAAGCAUAAUAAGGCGGAUGACUUGUGGAUUAUAAUCGACGGCAAAGUAUACGACGUCACAAGAUUCAAGGGUAUGCACCCAGGAGGCUCCUCCGUUUUCCUUGACGAGGAGAUACCCGGCCAGGACGCCACAGAGGCUUUCUAUGCUCUUCACAGACACGAGGUGCUUCAGAGACCACAGUAUGCUCGUCUGCAGAUUGGGACAGUCACAGGGGAAGAGAGCGUGGUCGUGGCGCGGGUGGCGGGUGCCUUAAGCAAGGUUCCGUACGCCGAGCCGACAUGGCUGACAGGCGGUUACCACAGUUCCUACUACCAAGAGAGCCAUAGGCAGUUGCAGAAGGCUAUGCGGGAGUUCGUGGACGAUGUUGUCUAUCCGGAUGCCCAAUUACGCGAGGAGGAUGGCAAACGACCAAGCCCUGAAGUUAUUGAGAAGAUGGCUGAUUUGAACAUUCAUGCUAUGCGUAUGGGCCCGGGCAAGCACCUGAAGGGGAAGACUCUCAUGAACGGCGUCGUGACUCCAGAAGGGUUCGACUACUUCCAUGAGCUUGUCGUUAGUCAAGAAAUUGGUCGCCUUGGUGCCCGCGGAUACGGCGAUGGUCUCAAUGCUGGCGUGGUCAUUGGUCUUCCGCCAGUCUUAAACUUUGCCAAUGCGGAGCUUCGCAAGCGCGUGUCUGAGGAAGUACUAUCGGGGAGGAAGUUCAUUUCACUCGCCAUUUCGGAAGCGUUUGCAGGCAGUGAUGUCCAGGGACUGAAGACCACCGCGAAGAAGAGCGAGGACGGAAAGUAUUGGAUCAUCAAUGGCACGAAGAAGUGGAUUACCAACGGAACUUUCUCAGACUACUUCACCGUUGGAUGCAAGACCGAAGAUGGAUUUACCUGUAUUCUUGUCGAGCGAGGGGAAGGUGUCGAGACCAAGCCUAUCAAGACGUCAUAUUCUUCGGCUGCUGGUACUGCGUACAUCACUUUCGAGAAUGUCAAGGUGCCAGUGGAGAAUACACUUGGCCCGGAGGGCGGAGGGAUUUUCGUCAUCCUCAGCAACUUUAACCACGAGCGAUGGGUCAUGUGCUGCAGCUCUGCACGGGCUCAACGCACGAUUGUUGAAGAGUGUUUGAAGUGGACGGCUCAGCGUAAGGCAUUCGGUAAGCCACUAAACUCGCAGGCCGUCAUCCGAGCAAAGCUGGCGAACAUGAUCGCUCGCGUGGAAAGCGUGCAGACCUGGCUCGAGAAUAUUACCUACCAGAUGAAUAAUAUGUCAUAUAAGGAGCAAGCUUCGAAGCUUGCGGGACCUAUCGGCUUGCUGAAGAUGUAUUCCACACGGUGCGCUCAGGAUACCGCGCGCGAUGCCGUUCAGAUCUUCGGCGGUCGUGGAAUUACGAAGACCGGCAUGGGACGUUUUAUCGAGCAUUACUACCGCACGAUCACUUUCGAUUCGCUACUAGGCGGUGCUGAGGACGUUCUUGGUGACCUUGGCGUGCGUCAGGCGAUCGCGAAGAUGCCUAAGAACGCGAGGCUGUAACUCUUUCGACUGUCUUGCACGGACACUAUACCUGGAGUGAUACUGUGGAUCUCAUUGUAGAGCACCCUCUAAGUGACUGCAUGGCUCGCGAGUGUACAGUCUAUCCUAUGUAUCUUAUUACCAGAGUAAUGACGAAGCGACAAGUUGG